UUUUUCUCCACGUCAAAUUUAAUGACACGAAAAUAACCCCAAAUUUGACACAAAUAUGAAAAUUUUAUAAACAAAUCUUAAUUUUUUUAGUUAUCGUAGAAAGUAGCGCUAUUAGAAUGGUAACCAGAAAUUUAUCUGAAGUUUUUAUGUUAAUGCGAAACAAUGCCAUGCGAAAUAGGCACAUAUACACAGAGGAUGUUUCAGAGAAUAUGGCCUUAGUUGAACUUUACGAUGUCGACCAAGAGACAGGGUACAACAACCGGAUGCCUCCAGCGUGGAUCGAUCAGUUAGAAGAAGCUCAAUUCAUGAUAACAAAGCUUAAAACAAAAAUCACUGAACUAAACACGUUACAUUCGCAGCAUCUGCAUAGACCCACCUUUGACGAAAACUCAGAGGAGGAGUUACAAAUCGAAGGUUGCACAUCUGAAAUUACAUCCAUGUUUAACAAUAUUCAUAGAAUAGUUCAAUUCAUUAAGAGUCAUAUGUACGAAGGUACUCCGAAGGAGAGGCUUCUUACUACUAACGUUAUUAGAUCAUUAGCGAAUGCUUUACAAGAUCUAUCAGUGAAUUUUCGUGCCUCACAGAAUACCUACAUCAAACAACUCAAAUCACGAGAGGAACGCUCAAAGAUGUACUUUGAGAAUUCCACGUUUGAAAAUGAUUUUGACGUCUUUACUAAUCAAAGUGAAAGUAUUGAUGAUUUCUUCGUGAAUAGUUCGAAGCAAAUGACACAUCAACAACUUUUGUAUUUAGAAGAGGAGAAUACGCAACUCGCGCAACAACGUGAGCAUGAGAUUAACGCUGUUGUAAAAUCCAUUGUUGAGUUGAAUGAAAUUUUUAAAGAUUUAAGCCAGAUGGUUUCAGAUCAGGGUAGUGUGUUAGACAGGAUAGACUAUAAUAUUGAACAAACUCAUAGUCAAGUCUAUGAGGGGUUCAAGCAGUUACAAAAAGCAGAUAGUUAUCAAAGGAAAAAUAGGAAAAUGUGGGCGAUUAUUAUAUUAGCGGCCACUACUAUAUUAUUACUUUUUAUAUUAAUUGUAGUGAAAUCUUAAAAAAGAUGGAUAAAGACUGUUGUGAUUAGUUUAUAAGAUCUAAUUUAUUUUGUCUAGUCUUAUUUUGUAAUUUGUGCUUUUUGGCUUAGGUUCCUCUUACAGAGCAGUGAUUAAGGAUAGAUACAUUGUUACGCCUUCGUUGAUAUACAAACAAUUAAACAUCUAUUAUAAGCAGAAAAAUUUUCAAAAUUGUUAUUAAAUAAUCAUACAUUUAUUAUAACAAAAUAAUCUUCUAAAAGUGGGAUUAUUUAAGACAACCUAUUGCUGCAUGUAUUUUUAUAAUCUUUUACAUGAGCAACUACAGUCUGAUUUGCAUAAUGUAAAUUGGGGUGGUGUAUACUUGUCAAAAAAAAUCUCGGUCGCAAAGGGUGACAUUUAAAUAUAUGAUUUUAUGUCUUGUUUAAUUUUAUUAUAUAAUGUUUAAAUACUAAAUAUAACACCUCCACUUAAUGACA